AGUCGUUGAAGCAUCCGUUUAUGAAGACAACAUACCUCGUUUCGUUCCUCACAACGUAACCGUCCCUCGUUGAGUUGUCCCUCCCUUUCGCCGAGGAACCACUCCUUCACUUUGGUUGAAUUAGCAUUCUGAAGUCGUGGUUAGUGUGUUUCACCUUCCGCGGCGGAAGAUGGAGGAGAUGAAAAUUUCUCGGCGAGUGGAGUGGUGGCACAACAUGAUGUACCCACUUCGAAGAGUUUGGAUCGGCAUCGCUACCCGCCUCGGAAUUCGCAAAACUGGGCUACUGAAGUUACGGCACGAUGUGAGGGCUUGUGAAUAUGAGGAUAUUCGAGUGAUGUGGGAGAUGCUGAAUAGAAAUGAAUCAGAUUUUGGUCAUUCUUCUGGGAAAAGCAAGAAGCGGCAAUGCUGGAAAUUGCUGAGGUGGGCAAGGUGUGCUCCUUAUAUUUGCCGCUCCUGAAGAAUUUCUCUUCACAAAAAGACCCACCUAUUGUGUUGGCGUGGUUUUUGCUUCAAUCAUGAAUAAAGGGUAAAGAGGGGUUCAUGUUAGGAACAUGGUUCUCUUCUUCUCUUAAUCAACUUAACCAUAUGUAGAUAUCAACCACAUCCUUAGUAUGGUAAAAUUAUGUGUAGUUUGUGUCGUGCUUCAUCAUCAUCUUCGUAUGUUCAACCAGACGUUCAUGUGUUGUUUUUAGAGAUCCAUGAAUCGUGUUGAGGGCUCUUACAGCUUGGUUUUGUAUCAGCAACUAUCUGCAUUUUGCAGAAGGUAUAUAUAUAUAUUUGUGUAACUAUUA